UGCCAUACAAAUAAUAUUCAAGUCUAGUCUAAGCAGUCUAUGCCUGAUUUCAUAAACUGCUCACUCUCUCUUCUCUCUUCAUUCUCAAUAGAUCAAAUAUCGAUCACAUCCCUCUCUCUCACACUUCAUAUAUAUUUAGUACUCCACCAAUAUCUCCGAUCGAUCAGGAGACAAAGAAUUAGAUCAGAAACAUGAUUAACGAGAUAGACUUCUUUUCUGGUAGCCAUCAGAAAGUCGAAGUCAAAAGAUCAGACGGUCGGCCGCCGCCGGAUGAUCAUGAUCAGCUUGAAACCAAGGUUAAUGUAACAUCAGUACUGCUGACUCCCAACACAGAUACUAAAUCAGUUUUUGUUCCCUUGGAUUUUGGAAUACAUCAGUGUAAAGAUGAAGAGAAACCCAUAACCCAAACUAGUGCAAUAUUAAGGGUGAAGCUAGAGAAAUUGAAGGAUGAAAACCGGAAUCUGAGGAGCAUGUUGGAUCAGCUUACCAAGAAUUACACUGCUCUCCAUUCUCAGCUACAAUGGGCAAUGCAACAACAGGCCUGUGACAACAAUCAUCAUGAGCAGAAGGAGAAUAACAACCACAUGUCAUGUCCAACAAUGUCCAUGCAGCAGUUCAUGGACCAAAAUCCAUUCGGUACUGCAAUUGAUCAUAAUGUCACUCAUGAGCCUUCACAAUCAAAUGAGAUCAUCAUGACAAGCCCAACACACAACAUGGACACAAUGUCAAUGGAAAGGGACGUCCAUGACUACAUGAAUCUUCAAAUUGGGAGGAAAGAAGAGUCUGUAGAAGGCGAUGGAGUCAACGAAAAAUCGCAGCAGCAUCGGGUGCUGCAGACUCAGAGGAGUGUCAAGAUGGGAGAACCUAAGAGUGUAGAAGAGCAAGUUCCUAAUGAGGGACCAUGUAAGAAGGCAAGGGUGUCCAUAAGAGCUCGGUCCGAUGCACCUUUAAUAAGUGAUGGAUGUCAAUGGAGGAAAUAUGGUCAAAAGAUGGCGAAAAACAACCCUUGUCCACGCGCUUAUUAUCGUUGCACCAUGGCUACUGGAUGCCCAGUUCGAAAACAGGUACAAAGAUGUGCAGAGGACAAAAGCAUUCUUGUAACAACCUAUGAAGGAACCCAUAAUCACCCACUCCCACCUGCAGCAACAGCCCUAGCCAGCACAACAUCAGCAGCAGCAACAAUGCUCCUCUCCGGCUCAACCACUAGCAACAGUGCACUCCGAAACUCACCCUUCUUCCCACCUUACACCUCCAUGGCCACCCUAUACACUAAUGCACCAUUUCCCACAAUCACACUCGACCUAACUCGCACCCCAAACCACACACAGUUCCAAAUACCACAUUCACUACCUCAUCCAUCCUUCCAUUUUCCUACCCCACAAGGGCCACAACUCAUAGGGCAUCCGAUGUACAUCCCGUCUAGGGCACUGCAAAUGCUGCCACCAAUGCAAGCCCCGUAUUCGCACCCUUCCAUGGUGGAGACCAUUACUGCAGCUAUUUCCACUGACCCUAACCUCACGGCAGCUCUAACGUCAGCCAUUUCAUCAAUUAUCGGAUCAAACCAUGGUGAGUACUGCAGCCCUAGCAGCGACGCUGCACGUAACAAUAAUGCUUCUUCUAGGAUGCCUGCAGCACCUGGAUCUCCUCAGACCUGCACCACUUUUUCUACAAAUUAGGCAUUGCCAACCCUUGUGAUGGAUUACAGUAAAUAUAUAAUAUCAGCUAAAAGUAUUUAUGAAAAUUAUGAGAUAAGGAUCAUAUAUCCAUGUGCGAGUAGUUAAGUUGGCAUAAGAUCUCUGGACAUGACACUGAGAUGUUGUGUUUAAUUUCUUGGGAUGUUGAAAAAAAAAAAAAAAAAAAUGAGGUAGAGGGAGGAGAAUGAUUUUGACAUGUUGGGAAAAACUCGGAUUGGAUCGACAAGAAGCAUGAUCAAUGGAUCUUGUUGCACAUUAGUAUUUUCAAAAGUUGUCCUUGAUUGGAGAAAUUAAGGUCACAUAUAUACUUUUGUCUCUUUUUUCUCGGAGGAAGAGGAGUGUCUCUAUAUAUUGCCACUUUUAAUUUUUUCUUUCUUUCUUCUUCACUUCUUUUUGUGUGUGGGAAAGCCGAGGUUUGACAAAGAGUGUUGCUUGAUGUUAUAGGAUAAUGGAAUUUACUGCAUGAAGAGCAAAACUACAGUCUGCUUUUUACUUUAUGUUUUUUUUGUGUAAAUAUGUACAACUGUUCUUAUUAGUAUGUUGAAGAUGGAAUAUUUUGUACAUCAAAA